AUGUCAGUUUAUUUCACAUCACCACAGCGAGCACAGUGCAUUUAAAUUUUUGAAACAUAAGUGAUGUCGAAAAAUAUAUUGGUGAUGGCAUUUCACGGUUUAGUGUGGGCGGGCGUGAUAGCUUUCGCGUUUUGGGCGACCGGCGCUAACGCUGGGGCGGCGCGCUACGAUUCCGCGACUCCUUUUACGCCGCCCUACACCAAAUACAAAUAUAUACCUUUGCACAAUGAACCUGAUGAUGCUACUUCGCUGUCCGAGGAGGAAGCUCCAACAUCAGGGAUGCCUCCAUCAGAAAUGAUCCUUACCGCCCUGCGGACUGCGCUAGACGUUGUUAGAAAUAUGAAUAAAAACAGGCUUAAUACACCUGCAAUUGCUAGAACCAGUAAUACUACGUCUGUUAAGCACAGACGUAGACAGUCAAGCAACGACACUGUCAGUGGGAGAGGGUUUGAGGAUUACUACGACGAGCAUCAUGACCACCAUCACGAAGUCGAAACGACAACAGCCAAGCCCGUGAAACAGGGAAGAUAUACUGAUCCAUGGGCUGGAUACUAUGACUGGAUCAUCAACGAGGGAUCUUUCAAAUUUUGGAGUGUUUUCCAGCUGUUUACUGCUGCGCUUCUUCUGUAUGCCUGUUUCUCUGCCAUCUACUACGCGAAAUUCAACCCCAUCCUACCAGAUUACAGUUUGGAAUAUGACGAUUACUUUUUAGAAAGAAGUGUCGGUAGAAAGGCCAGAAGUUUGGAUCCGUCCGAAAUGUUAUCCGGCUUAAGUUGGAUAAAUCCAUCGACUUUCCAAUUUAUUCUCAACGCUAUCGCAAAACAUUAUGAAGACCAAUAAGGCAUUAAUAUGUUCAGUAUAAGGAAACGACAGUCAAUUAGUACUUAAGUUAAAGAAAUGCAUGCUCUUGUUUCCAUAUACUCGAAGAUAUGUAUUAAUUUAUAUCUGUAGCUAUAAGUACGCUCAAACUUCACUCCUAGUUCUUAAAUAAAUAUUUCAUCAUCA